AUGUCCAACGAUUAUGGUUUUAACAGUGAUGAUUCCCCUAAUAAAACAAAUUCUCACUUACUACUCCCUAGCCCUAUUAUAACACGACGUAAUCGAACUGCUUCGACUUCUGAAAGAGCUUUGGGAAAUCCAUUAGAAACUGGUAAAAUAAAGUCUUUUUGUCGAGAAAAAGGCCACGGUUUCGUGACGCCUGAAAGAGGCGGCGAAGAUCUAUUUGUACAUAUUUCGGACAUUGAAGGGGAGUAUGUUCCUCUGCCAGGCGAUGAUGUGACUUACCGCCUGUGUCCUAUCCCACCCAAGUUUGAAAAGAACCAAGCUGUACAUGUCCGUAUUGUUCACCUUACCCGUGAAAAGCAUCUUAAAUGGGAUGAGCCCCCACCAAUACACCCG